GUCACAAGAGUCAUCGCAUAUAUUAGUACGCACCCAUAUGAUAUGCGCGCGCGAGUGGUUUCGUAGAGCGAGUUGUCAGAAGUGAUAUUGAAAUAUUUUUAUUACACUUCACAUAACGUCGUCGCAUGUUCAUUCAAUUUGUAUAAAGACCGUAGUCAGAAUGCCGGCAUAUCAUUCAAGCUUUUUAGAGAUCAACCAAAGAAUUGGUAAUAUGGCCCUUUUGCCUAUUAAAACAAACUUUCGAGGCCCAGCCCCUAUGUUUACCAAUAAAGAUCUUGAUAUCAUAGAUGAAGCACUUUAUUAUUUUAAAGCUAAUGUUUUCUUCAGAACCUAUGAGAUUAAGAGUGAGGCUGACAGAGUUUUAAUCUAUAUAACUCUAUUUAUUACGGAAUGCUUAAAGAAGCUUCAAAAGUGUGUAAAUCAAAAUCAAGCUGCGAAUGAGAUGUUUUCGUUAGCUAUUUCAAAUUUUGAUAUACCGGGUGAUUCUGGUUUUCCAUUGAAUUCUGUAUAUGCCAAACCAGCUAAUCCUACUGAAGCAGAUUUAAUGAGACAAUAUCUACAACAAAUUAGGCAAGAAACAGCAGCUAGGGUAGUGGGAAAAGUUUAUGGUGAAGAUGGCAAGCCAAGUAAAUGGUGGCUGUGCUUUGCCAAGAAGAAAUUCAUGGAUAAGUCCCUGUCUGGACCUGGUCAAUAAAAAAUAUCCCACAAAUACUGUUUUAAUGUUUAAAAUAAUACUGUUUAUAAUUCAGAAUUAAUUACUGUGCACCUUUACAAAUGUCCAUUGUAUGCAGUUUAUACAUAAAAUAUAAAUAUAUAUGUAUUAA